GUCCGUUGGGUUUACAACAGCGGUAGGAACCAAAAACCCUCGUGGUGUAGUUUCGUUCCGGACGGUUUUAUUGGUGGGGCGCAGAAAACACGCGUGAAUUGUUGAAUAGUUGUUAUGUUGACAGCUGAUAGCGGAAGAAAAUCUGCUGUGAGAGCUCAAAAUGACGAGGUGGGCCCGAGCGAACAACGUCCAUAAACACAAAGAAGCAGACGCCACGCCGUGGAAGCAGCUGAAGGCGAGUGGGAACGCUGGAGAGGCGGGAACAAGUGCCGGCGGUCGACACAUCCAGCAGGGACCGGGCGUUCAGAAACGCAACCCAAAAAAGAAGAAACGAGAACAUGACAGUGAAGACGUGAAUGGGUUUCUGGAGUAUUUAAAGCAGACCGGUCAGACGCCUGAAGACCAGACUCUGAGAGAAGAAGUGGCAACUGCACUGAAGAAAGACACGAGACGAGAGAACAGACGGAUAAAGAGACAAAACACCAAGAAGAACAAUAUGAUCUGCUUCAACUGCCGGAAGCCUGGUCACGGUAUCGCUGACUGUCCAGAGGCGGAUAACGAUGAAGAGAUGGGUCGUGGGAUCUGUUAUCGGUGUGGUUCUACCGAACAUGAGAUCCAGAGAUGUCGCGCUAAAGUGGAUCCUGCCAUGGGUAAAUACCCGUAUGCCAAGUGUUUUAUCUGCGGUCAGAAUGGACAUCUGUCCAAAGCCUGUCCUGAUAACCCAAAGGGACUGUAUGCUGCAGGCGGUUGCUGUCGUGUUUGUGGUUCAGUGGAGCACUUUCAGAAAGAUUGUCCUGAACACCAGAACUCAACUAAUUCCAUCACCCUCAGCCGACUGUCCAACAGAAUCAGCGCCGACCACGAGGACGUCCCUGUUCCUGUGAGAAAAGCACAAGCCAAAAAAGACAAAGUGGUGGUGUUCUGAUCCACAGCGGCUUGAGGACAAAUAUGCAACUAUCGCAAUUUGUGAUGUUAUUUUAUACACAAACAAAAGUGACUCUUUCUGUUUUGAAACCAUUUACUUGCUAUUAAAGGUUUUCACGAUGAA